AUGGAGCUUGAGCCCGCCGGCCAUGCUUUUCCCCGGCAAGAAUCACAAGCGUCCAGGGCGUCCAGUAACAGCCCUGAGCGCUUAGCCAGACUGUACAGCAAUCUGGAUCCAGCGCUGGUUCGGUCCGUUCCACUGAGCGCUUGCUUGGCGAGCUGGGGACGCCCUUUUCGGAACGAAUAUGAGGGCAUGUUCUCCAUCGACCAGUCGGAGGAUAGUUUCAGCCAAAAGACUGACCAGAUCGACAAUUUUCUGAGCCACGAUUGGGGUACCAGCCGGUUCCUCAAGGUGAUCACCCUACUUUGGAUGUUCAACGUCAAAGCCGCCACGAUUGCAACCUUUGUGAUGAGUUGCAUCAUUGGCUGCCUCCGCAUCAUUUGCAAGCUCGAAAUAUUGGACCAUUGGCACUCCACCUUCUUCGGCUACGCGACAUUCGUGAUUGUUCUCUGCUGGUGGCAAAGAAUUCAAUCUCUUUUUGGCUUCAGGCGCAUGGUUUUCCUGGAUAAGCUGUGCAUCGCCCAGCACGAUGCGGAGCUGAAACAGCAGGGAAUCCUAGGAUUAGCCGGCUUCCUAGAGAAGUCGAACAAGCUCACGGUCUUGUGGACGCCACGUUGGGCAACCCGCCUUUGGUGCACGUACGAGCUGGCAGCAUUUAUGCAGCAGGGGGCGGACAGGCCGAUCGAGCUCAUGCCGGUGAAGCUGGCCAGCAUUCUGCUGAUGCAGUGUGCUUGCUGGAGUGCGAUCUCGAUUGCGCACUCUAUUGUGGCCUAUGGUUUUAACAGUGACCAGGGCCAGCAAGGCCGUGGGGAGUAA